CUUGUUGCAACGCUUGUGCUUUCAUUUCUCAAACCAUCGACAAUAUUCAUUUGCGUCUUGAAAAAAAUCUUUAAAAUUGAGAAGGUUUCUUCUUGUUUGUGAUAAAAGUAGUAUUAAUUUUCAUAUUAAAUUUAUUAUCUUCAAUCACAUCAUAUAAUUGACGUCUCGAUGAGAGAUAGAGAUCCACCUAUUCAGCAGUUGGCGCGUGAGACAAUUAUACCCUUCAAAGCUAUAUAUGAACCUCAACUGUCGCUCCCGCCAAAAAUCCACCCCGCAAAAUAAAAAAGAAAAGCCCCACUCUCUCUCUCUCUCUCUCUCUCUCUCUGUGCCUAUUUCCUGGAAACUAGGGGUUGAGAGGGGAUGUUUCGACUGGGAGUGGGGAUGGUUGAUAGUAUUCCGAUAAUUCACGAGGACGAUCUUGCCCCUAGUGUUUCGGUGGAGAGGCGUCGGCGCUCUCUCGCUUUGUGCAUCUCUUCCUUGUUGAUCGUCGAUGGGCUUUGUCGCAAGGGUUCUCUCUAUAGGAAGCUUCCUAUGGAGCCCCUCAAGCUCUCUGUGCUCAAAUUGGACGGCUCUUGCUUCGAUAUUGAAGUUGAAAAGACAGCCACUGUUGCUGAACUCAAGCAGGCUGUGGAGGCAGUCUUCGGUCACAUGCCACAGAAGGGACCGUGCAAAAUUUCAUGGUCACAUCUAUGGGGACAUUUCUGCUUGUGCUAUAAUGGUCAAAAGCUAGUCACAGAAACUGACUCUAUCAGAAAUUACGGCAUCAAGGAUGGUGAUCAGCUUAAGUUUGUUCGGCAUAUUGCAAUCGGCUACAACCUGAGAAAGAGGCGAGCAAAGAAACGGGUUGUUGGCUCUAAGCAAAAGUUGUCAGCAAUGCAAGUAAAAAGCAGUGAAGAGGGGGAAACGAGGGAUGAGAAAGAUAGUGAUUGCGGUGAUAUCGAGAAGGGGGAGGUCCUGCGUUACAAUAAAAAGGAUCGGCGUUUGAUUCAAUACCGCAAGUCCAAGAUGGCUGGCCUACUGGGAGGGUGGUACUUAAACGCAAGGCUAUCAACUAUUAGGAGGAGGAAGAUUGUGGGCUUGGCUUGUCCUGCAGGAAUUGCCACUGGUUUGGUGGGUGGUUUUAGAAAGAUUAUAUGGCUUUGCAGAAGAAAACCCUCUUCUGGGAGGAUACAUGGGGAAAGGAUUGAUGCUUCUGCUUGAAUUGGUUUGGUAGGAUCCAUUUCUUCAAAUUCCUUUGCGCUAUACUCUUAAAUUCUUAACACGUUCAAAAGUGUGUUCUUAGUAAAAAUAUUGUGCC